CACACCUGGUAUGUUCACAUCAACACAGAUGUCCAAUAGUAAACCAUUGCACCACUGGUAUUGGCUGAGGUGGCAUGAGCUAUCUUAUAUAAGGGCUACAGUUGUAAAUCUAAUCAGCCAUUACACAGAUAACACCAUGCUCCAUAUUAUUAUCACCCUACUGCUUAUUUGUAGGUUAACAGUUGCUGAACCAUCUGAGACUGGACUUAUAUUUAAUCUGGAUAUUGGGGAGCUCUGUAUACAAAGUGCCCAAUGUAAAAGCAAAUGCUGCCACCGAGAGAAUGGGCUGAGCCUGGCACGCUGUGCCCACAAAGCAGCCGAGUUUCAGAAAUGCUCUCCUCUGCACCUGUAUGGGGUAUAUUAUUUCUGCCCCUGUGAGAGUGGCCUGAGCUGCGAGGUGGACAGGACCAUUGUGGGAACCAUCACCAACACAGACUAUGGAUAUUGCAAAGACCCCAAUGAAAAAAUUAAAUAACAGGGGACAGCGAUACAGAGCAGGAUUACUGUACAUAUUCUCCUUAAAUAUGUCUAUUUAUCUGCUUGGCUCUUCUAUCAUAAUCAUCUAUCAUCAUUGCCUGCUCUGUUACUUCAUUCUCUAUGUAUGUUCUAAAAUUGCAAUCUGUAAUGUUGUUGAUGGCUACAAACAUUCUUUAUGUAAUUAAUUAUUGACUAUAUUAAACUGUAUUUAUAUG